AUGGCGCUUUUACAAAAACCCCUGAUACACUGUGACCCCUUCGGAGAGCCCUCUGAGCCUUGCAUUCAGCAAUGGCCGGCUCAUCUAGCCAAAGAUGUAGCCGAUAUCAUCCACAAAGACGUGGUUGAUACUUUGAGCCAAUCUAGAUUAACUCCCACAACUGAUGGUAUUCAACUCGUUCAGCGACAGGACAUUGCCCGCGUUGAGCGAGUUCUUGGAUCUGGUGCAUUUUCACAAGUCUCGAGUGUGAUAACGCGAGAUGGUAGGCGGUAUGCUUGCAAGCACCUGCAGCAAAGAUUGAUGGAUCAACCCAAUGAUUUCCGAACGGCUGCAGUGGAGCUUGUAUAUGAAGCUCACAUGCUAUCUUCAUUUGAUCAUCCAAACAUUCUGAAAAUUAGAGGAUGGGCUCACAACGGCGUUGCUUCGUUCGCAGAAGGCUGGAACGAUUCAUUCUUUCUCAUGCUGGACGUGUUAGAUGAAACUUUGGACAUGCGCAUUGAACGGUGGUACCGAGAGCAGCAAGAUGGUAUGUGGGCCAUGAUGGCCUCUCCAUCUUCAGCAGCUCAGCAAAUGGAAGCGCGACAUCUCGAAAAGCUGAGAAUCAUGAACGAGCUUGCAUCUGCAUUGGAUUACAUUCACCAGCGUGGUGUUAUCUUCAGAGAUGCUAAGCCUCAGAACAUUGGUUUCCUUGGAGACCGUGUUCAGCUGUUUGAUUUUGGUUUGAGUCGUGAGCUUCCGUUGCUUGACACAUCGGCACAGUUCGAAAUGUCUGGGAAGGUUGGUACACUACGGUAUAUGGCUCCUGAAGUCGCAACGAACAAACCAUAUGGUGUGUCUGCUGAUGUAUACUCUUGGGCAAUGGUCUCUUAUGAGAUUUUGUCUUUGGUGAAGCCGUUUGAUGGAUGGACCAGGGAGAUGCACGCGAGCUUUGUGUGCCUGCAGGGUCAGAGACCUGAUAUGGUGCAUUGCAACCAGCCGAUUCCUGUGGAAGUUCAGGUCCUUCUGGAACACUCCUGGAAUACAACUCCAUCGAUGAGACCACAGCUAUCCCAAAUAAUGAAUCAGCUGGAUUAUUUGAUGGCGUGUCAGGUUCAGAAAGUUCAAGAUCAACAGAUCCAAAUGAACAUUGCUAGACAGUUGGAGUCGGAAAUUCAACAGCAACAACAACUCGUGCACACUUUGGCACCGCCACAGCCACUGAUUCAUAUUGAUUUGAACAGCUACAUUGCACGACCAGCUCUGAGAAAGCUAGCUCGAAAGAAUUCUUUUGACUCAAUUGAGACGAUUGAAACUACAACUUUGAGCAUCGAGAGCGAAGACUUCUAUUAG